AUGGAGUAUUAUAUAACGUCACCCAGUAAGCGUCGUAAAAGAUCUUCUAGAAGGUUCUCUGUCGUGAUGGCAGAGCAGCCAGUCAAUAACAUCUAUGACUCGAUAAGGACAGAGAUGGAAGAACAGAACCGGAAACUAUAUCAGCAGCAACAAGAAGAACGAGAGCUCCAAACUCAGAUCAACAAGCUUGAGUUCCGUAACAGACUUCGACACGAUGAGUUAGACAAGUUGCAAGGAGAAAUACGGCAUUGGGAAGGUCAAAUCAAAGUGCUUGAGGACAAGAAAAGCGCAAGUAUCGAUGAGGUGAAGGGGUACCAUCAGAAGGAACUUGAACAACUUCGGUCAACUUAUGAUCAAGAGAAUGAACAGUUGAUGAUUGAAACAGCACAGAAGAUUGAAACCACACUUGAUGCCAUCCAAAAGAAGGAGGAGGAAGAAAAAGAGAAUCUUUUGGUGGAAUGCAAUAAUUUAAUGGAUCAACUUGAUAAAUUUGAUAAGGAAACCAACCAAAAGAUGAUCAAAUAUAAAGAAUCCACACAUAAAAAGAUCAUUGGUUUUAAAGGAGAAAUUGACAGACGAAUCAACGAUAUGCAAGUGCAAUUGGACCAAUUAGAUCAAUUGUUUAAUGACAAGCAAAGGGAAAAGAAUCAAUGGGUUGAACAAGAGUCCAAAGUUGAAACUGAAUCCAAGAUUUUAAAGCUGAAAUUAACCACUUUAACCAAUAAGUUACAUGCUAAAACAACCUAUUGUUCGCAAUUAGAACACAGAGUGACUUUGGCCUCGGAAAGAAACAAUGAAUUCCGAACCACCAUUCCUAACAUUUCAAUGGUUGAUGAUUUAAAAGCCAAAACCAAUCAAUUAUACCAUAGAGAUAUAGAAAUGGCCGAUAACAUUAGAAAACAAAAGCACAAUCAACUUCAAGACUUAAAGGGAACAAUUCGAGUAUACUGUCGGAUCAAACCCUCGUCAAUGUCACUGCAAAAACAGACUCAAUUCGAGCAAAAAUUGAUGGAAAAUGGGAAACAACAGCUUUCAAUUUUAAAGAAAGAUAAUGAUGAUUCCUAUACUCAUCAAAGAAACAAUACCAAUAAGCAUAAUUUCAGUUUUGAUAAAAUCUUUCAACCCACAGAAUCUAAUGAUACUAUUUUUGAAGAGAUAUCUCAAUUAAUUCAAACUGCAAUGGAUGGUUAUAAUGUUUGUAUCUUUGCCUAUGGUCAAACUGGUUCAGGAAAGACUUAUACCAUGUCACUGAAGAAUAAUGGGAUGAUUCCAUUGUCAAUUCUGAAGAUAUUUGAUGAUGUGAACCAAGCAAAACUUGGUGGAUGGGAGUAUGAAAUCACGGGAGAAUUUGUUCAAAUCUAUAAUGAGACAAUUCAUGAUUUAAUUGGACCAAGUAAUACAAAUGUCAAUGUAAAAUGUGAAAUCAAACAUGACGAAAUAAACGGAACAACGAUGAUAACCAAUAUCAAUAAGGUGAAAUUAACUUCAAAGAAUGAAGCUUUAAAAUAUCUUGCUGAAGCAGAUAAAAGAAGAGCGACAGCGUCUACCAAACUGAAUGAAAAUUCAAGUAGAUCCCAUUCGAUAUAUAUAUUCCGAAUCACAGGGAAAAGGAAUGAUACCAAUCAAACAAUCCUGGGGACCUUAAACCUCAUUGAUUUAGCAGGUUCUGAAAGAUUAGCCAGUUCUCAAGCAACAGGCUCAAGAUUAAGAGAAACUCAAGCAAUCAAUAAAUCCCUUUCAAGUCUUGGUGAUGUUAUUUAUAAUCUCUCGUUACAGCAAAAGGGUAAUAGUAUGGUUCAUUCACAGCAUAUUCCUUAUCGAAAUUCCAAGUUAACGUACCUCUUAAAGAAUAGUCUUGGGGGCACCUCAAAAACGUUGAUGUUUGCCAAUGUUUCGUCUGAAUUGAAAGACUAUAACGAAACCCUAAAUUCAUUAAGAUUUGCUUCCAAAGUGAAUGCCACUAAGCUUGCACAAUGA